AUAACUAUGGAGAAAGUAGUUCCCGCGAUUCACAUGCAUUCAAUCAACAUCUACUCCACAAAUUGUGCUCUCCUGGAGUUAAGAAAAGCGUUACAACUACCAUAUCUUGAGCAUGUUGAUAAAAACAGAAAAAGACCAAACUUUGAGACAAUUACAUUGAAUUCUGCACUGACAGAGAUGCCAAUCUGGAAGAUCAGUUAAACACAAUCCACGGCUUAAUUACAAUACCGAAAGACCGUAAGUCAAGUUCAUCCAUCUUAUCCACAAACACCCACCGCCGCAAAUCGUAAACUAUAAAUCUUGGUCCCCAGCAGUGCAGAAAUUUGUCCAUGUAAUCCAAUCGUAUCCAAAAAAAAAAAAAAUUCAAUCUUUAGGAUUUCAUGACAGCGACAGCGAUGACAACGGCGGCGCUACGAUUACUCAUAGCGUUGCUUCUUGUGGCGGCGCCGGCAGAGUGCCUGCCGCUACGGGCACGUGGCAGAUGGAUCGUGGACGAGGCAACGGGGCUGAGAGUAAAGCUAGCAUGCGUCAAUUGGCCGGGCCACCUGGAGCCCGGGUUACCGGAAGGUCUCAACCGGUUGCCGGUUACCACAAUAGCGCACACCAUCAGCUCUCUGGGCUUCAAUUGUGUCCGCCUCACCUACUCCAUUCAGAUGGUCACGGAGAAGAGCUACACAGAGGCCACGGUUGGGCAGACUUUUGCGCAGCUAAAUCUGACAGAACCCGCCUCGGGAAUCGAGCGCAACAAUCCGGGGUUCCUCCAAUUGGGCCACGUGGCUGCAUACGAUAGCAUCGUGGCGGCACUUGCGGAGGCGGGUGUCAUGGUCAUCCUGGACAACCAUGUCAGUAAGCCCAAGUGGUGCUGUGCUGUGGAUGAUGGCAAUGGGUUUUUCGGUGACAGUUACUUCGACCCUAGAUUGUGGCAACGAGGGCUAGGUCUAAUGGCUACACAUUUCAAUAACACGCCCAACGUCGUCGCCAUGUCGCUUCGCAACGAGCUACGUGGCAACCGAUCGACCUCGGCACGGUGGUCAAAGUACAUGCAGCGGGGUGCGGCUACCGUCCACGAGGCCAACCCAAAUGUCCUCGUUGUCCUCUCGGGGCUACACUUCGACACCAUCCUCAGCUUCUUACCGGUCCUACCAGUCACUUUACCUUUUAAAGAGAAAAUUGUGUAUGAAGGGCACUGGUACUCCUUCGGUGUGCCCUGGCAUGAUGGCUUGCCUAAUGACAUUUGUUUGAAUGAGACGUCGCGGUUUAAGGAUAAUAUUGGGUUUCUGACCUCGUCGAUUAAUGGUACUGCGGCACCACUUUUUGUUAGCGAGUUCGGAAUUGAUCAGAGAUACGUGAAUGAUAAUGAUAACAGGUAUUUGAACUGUAUCUUGGCUUUUCUGGCGGAGGAAGACGUGGACUGGGCGCUGUGGACUAUGGGGGGGAGCUAUUAUUACCGGUCGGACAAGGAGCCCGUUCAGGACUUUGAGGAGACCUACGGCUUUUUCAAUCGUGACUGGAGUCGCAUCAGGAAUCCUGACUUUAUUUCUCGCCUUAAGGAAAUUCAACAGCCCAUUCAAGACCCUUACUUAUCUCCAGGGCCAUAUUAUCAAAUAAUCUACCACCCUGCAUCAGGCCUCUGUGUUGAAUCCAGCAUUGGAAACACCAUUCAUCUAGGAUCAUGCCAGAGUGUGAGAAGCAGAUGGAACUAUGAUGCCAGUGUGGAAGGCCCAAUUGGACUAAUGGGAAGUUCAUCCUGCAUUUCCACUCAAGGAAAUGGGUUGCCUGCAAUUAUGACAGAAAAAUGUUCUGCCCCCAACAACACUCUGUGGAGCACAGUCUCCUCUGGACAGCUGCAGUUGGGCACUAGAGUUUUUGAUGAGGAUGGGAAAGAGAAGUGGAUGUGUUUAGAUGGGAGUAGAAGUCCAUUGAUUACAACAACUGAAUGCAUCUGCAUCACUGACUCUCACUGCUAUCCAAAUCAGAAUCCAGAAAAGCAGUGGUUUAAAGUCAUAACAACCAACAAACAAUUGUUGCAUCAACUUUGAUUGCAAUAAUGUAUUUUCAUUUUCUGUUCUAUUUCUUUCUAGCAUUAGUAAUUUGAGGAGGAUUGUAUUUCUGUGAAUACAUUUUUUUUUUGGGGUAAUUUGAGGCGGAUUGUGUCUCUCUGGAUGAGUUUAUUAUAAGUCAGUUUAGAUGACAUGCACGUAUAGCGUUAUGGA